AUGUGCGUACUACGCCACCUCCACCGUCGCAAACACCACCAUAACCACCAUUGCUGCUUAUUAUUAUUACCCACUUUCCUUUUUCUCUUUCUCUUGUUCUCUUCUUCUUCCGCCAUAACAACUCUCGCACCACAACCCAGUUCCGGAACAGUGAAGUACGAGGAAAGUGAAAAUCUGUCGCCGGCUUCACCGUGGGAGAGAGAUAUGACUCAACAGAAGAAGCUCAACGGUCCAGGUUCAGCUCCUCCGUCGUGUAGAUCCAAGUGCGGUUGGUGCAACCCGUGUCACCCGGUUCACGUCCCGGUUCAACCCGGUUUAAUCAUACGGCUCGAGUAUUAUCCAGAAGCUUGGCGUUGCAAGUGCGGGAACAAGCUUUUUUUGCCGUGA